UGACAAUGAAGCCGCCGCCGGAUGUCACCGCAGCAAGCCGAUACAUAUCCUGUGACAUGCAGUUGGCACGCGUUGCCUCCAACACAUGUCCAUCUCCACAAGCAGUGAUUAGCGACAAGAGUGAGUCCGCCGCCGCCUCCUCCUCCUCCUCCACCACAAAAGAUCCAGACUCCACGUCCUCCACAUCCUCCACAAACCCCUUCCCGUGCGCGCCCCCGCCAGCCAGCCGACUUGGCGCAACAAGCCCACCUUCAACGUCAUAUGCAGCCCCGGCCUUGGCCCGCCCUGCCCUGCCAGCACCCGCCGCCGCCGCCGUCAUCCGCGAUCGAUCCCGGCCACGCCGCCUCUCGCCGUCACAGGCACCUGCCUGGUCAUUGAUUGCCAUGGUCCCCUCGGAUCGUCCCUCUCGUUGGCCCCUUAUUCCCCAAGCCCAAGCAGCAGCCCGCCAUGCUACGCCGUGCUACCUACGCUACCUUGACAGGCCACCAGGCAUGUCGCCAAAAAUGGAUGAUCCGGUUGUGCAGCUAGCUUGCUUGCUUGCUUGUUGCUCAGUUAAGUCGCCGCUUCCUCCAGGGCAGGAGCGCAGAGAGCAGAUCCUCAAGCCGUUGCGCGCCUCCACCCCUCCAUCCCGCGCUUAAACGACGUCAGAGGCCCGGCUCGCCCGUUGCUCCCCUCGCUCGGAUUCCGUAGCCGUGAUUAGUAUUAAAGCCCCAUUGUCCCGUCUUGUCUCAACUUGGCACGGCAUGAACCCUCUUGUGAAGCCGAACACCACCGCAAACCUUCGCGACUGUCCCAUCCAUCCGCUUAUACUUCAGUUCACACCACCUCGCCCGUGACCACAAUUUCACGACAGCACAUCCCCCACCGUAGCAAGAAAAGAACAUCCAGCCUCUCCGUCUAAUACGCCGCCAUGGAGACCAUUAGCAGCAUGGCCACGCAGGCCGCCAAGGCCGUCUGGGGCGAUGGCUCUGAGAACAAGGAGCCCCUGUCCGGCGCUCAGGGCGAUGUCUCCCACGGCGAGCCCUACGAUGCCGGGAACCUAGGAAACCCCGAGCAGCAGAAGAUCGAGCGCAAGCUGAGCGGCGAGGACGAAUCCGCACCCGCAAACCUGAGUAACGACACCAAGAACGAUGCCACCACCAAGACCACCACCGCCGCCACCACUUCCUCCUCCGCCUAUCCCGACUCCUCAGCCCUCACCAAGCCCAAGUCCGACUCCGAACCCACCGACAUCGAGGCCUCCACUGGCAAGCCCUCCGAGGUCGGCUCCAGCGCCGAGGAGGACGGCGACCCCAACACGCACGUCAUGGGCGACGGGCCCAAGCCUCUCGAGACGGUCGCCCGGGAACACGGGGGCGACGCGGGCAACAACGGCACGACGACUGCCACCGGCGGCGACUCGUCCUCGUCCUCAGCCUCCCACAGCAAGCCCGGAGAGGAGGGCAGCAACGAGGACGGCGAGAGCAAGGGCACGGGCGAGCAAUACGUCAAGACAACGGGCUUCGCCGCCGACGGGGGCGACUUUGACGCGACCAAGCCCGGUGCUGGUCGGGAAGCAGACCGGCUCCUAGAGGAAAAGGGCGUGCACCACGACACCCCCGGCAGCGGCGCCAAGGACUCCUCCCCGUCGAGCGGCAGCAACGAUCACCACCACCACAGCAAGGACAAGCCCAGCCUGGGAGAGCGCAUCAAGAACAAGCUGCACCGGCAUAAGGAGUAAAAUGGUUGCCGAGGGCGGCCCGGGAAGAAGGAAGGUGGGGGGGGGGGCUCUUUUACGGUCUUUUGUUGACGCCCCGUUAUGCCCACGUUUGGCAUGUGCGCGGCUCACUCAGGGGCUGUCUGUUGAUGCUAUUGCUCAAUGCAACGAGCAUGCUCCUUCCUCCGUUGAGGUCAGGGGCGGCGAAUCGAUCCGUUAAAUCAUUAUUGUACUGUACUAUACCUAAGCUGCAAAAUUCAUUCCUGUUUCCCUCCC